AUGGGCCCCGCGCCGCCCAACAGCCAGAUAGCUCCUCUGCCUACAGACCUACCCUUCCGACUCGUCAGCAAGACCAUUGGACAAGGCGCAUAUGCCUCAGUUUCUAGCAUCCGCAAAGCUGUCCCACACAACUCGCCCAAGCCAGUCAUCGCCAUCAAGUUCAUCAACAAGGAACAUGCCCUAAGGACCGGCCGCCUCACCCCGAAGCAAAUUAAGAUGGAGAUUGUGUUGCACACGCAUCUCGGAAAGCACCACAACAUUAUACACUGCCUGGGUUCUGGAGAAGAUGCCUUAUGGACAUGGAUUGCCAUGGAAUUGGCCGAGGGCGGGGAUUUGUUCGACAAGAUCGAGGCGGAUGAGGGUGUAGGCGAGGAUAUUGCGCAUUUUUACUUCACCCAACUGGUGAAUGCCGUGACAUACAUGCACAGCAAAGGUGUUGCGCAUCGCGACAUCAAACCUGAAAACGUGCUGUUGAGCGCCGAGGGGGACCUUAAACUAUCCGACUUCGGAUUGGCAGCACUGUUCAAGAAGGACGGGCAAUUACGACUCUGCAACACCGUUUGUGGCUCGCCGCCUUAUAUUGCUCCGGAGAUUGUAUCAGGAAGGCGAAGCAAGAGAGCUGAUAUGCUGGACAGUGGCUACGCAGCGAACAUCUGCGACAUCUGGAGUUGCGGUAUUGUCCUCUUCGUCCUCCUCGUCGGCAACACCCCUUGGGACGAGCCGACCAAGCGCUCCGCGGAAUUUAAGGAAUAUGUCGAAACCGGAGGGCACACUACCGAUGAGCUUUGGAGCAAUAUCCCCCCAGAACUCACCAGCCUAUUACGCGGUAUGCUCAAGGUCGACCCCAAAGAGCGCUUUACUCUCGACGAAGUACGCACGCACCCGUGGUGCACACGCAAGAACCCAUACCUGACAGCGAGUGGACGCAAUGCAAACCCAGUAGGACUGGCAACACAGAUGUUAUCACAACUACGUAUCGAUUUCUCAAGACCACCAACACAAUCUCAACGCGGAUGCUCGCAAGAUGCGAACGGAGAUGGCGAUGCAAUGGACAUCGACACCGAUUCGGAUCCUCGUCGCUCGAGCGCCAUACAUUUUCUUUCUUCCACACAACCCGAGACACCAUCUGCAGAAACACCAUUCGACUGGGAACGACCUCCGCGUAUCGCCUCUUAUGACGGAAUAUCCGCAUCGCAACCUGUUACAAUACCCGACAACCGUCCUAUCAACAUGAGCUCUACACCUUACUUGUCCCAACUUCCCUCUUCAACACAGGACAUGCUCUCCCAGGACCCCUCUAUGACACAAUUCAGCUCCACUCCCGGUGUCCCUCUGACCUUUACCCAAGCAGCCCGGAAAUUCGCCGACGUCCUGCCCUCCUACUCCCUGGCACGUUUCAUUUCCCCCCAUACCCUCGGCCUCCUUAUGCCACUUCUCCUUACCGCUUUGCACCGGCUAGGUGUUCCCGCGCCGUCCUUCAGUGAAGCGCAGAUCGAGGAAGCGGAAAAAGCAGGGACAGCAAGUAUACGCGUGAAGAUGGCGGAUGGGCGGCGACAAGGCUUGAACGGCCAUAUUGUUAUUGAGCAAGCGAUCUAUGAGGGGAGUGCCUACUGGGAGGUGAGGUUUGUCAAGGCGAGUGGAGAUCCGCUAGAGUGGAGGAGAUUCUUUAAAAACAUGGUGCUUUGUGUUGGCGAUGUGGUCUUGCGGCCCAAUUAG